AUGGAUGAUUUUUUGAGAAUUGUUUCACUGAUUCUGCUUGUUUGUAUUUCCAUUGCUUUUGGUAAUUGUCAAGAGGAUUUAGAUGUGGUUUUCAUAACGAGAAGAAGCUCGAGGAGUGCUGAGAUUCCCCUAGAGUUCACGGCAUUCAAUCAAAAGUUCAACCUCAGACUGAGGAGAAACGACAGACUGCUGGCCCCCUACUUCCAAGUCUGGCGUCACGAGGGUUCGAACAGUGUCCAAGAGAUUCCAGAGCUGAGUAAGCCUCGCCCCUGUCAUUAUCUUCAUGAAGACGACUCCAGCACAGCGGCCCUGAGCAUCUGCGAUGAUGGAGUUCACGGUGUGAUACUACACCCCAACGUUACCCUCGAAAUUUCCCCGUUGGAGGAGAUCCCAACAUCUGGAGAGGGAAUCCCCCACUUGGUGAAGCGAUCGCACAUUUCGCCUUCAGAGUACUUUCGAUCUAGUAUAAAUUACGUGGAGCUCCCAUUGGAUGCGAUCCCCAGGUCAAGAAGAGGUUCUUCAUCCGAAUUAACAAUAGAACUGGCCGUUUUCUUUGAUGAAGCUGGCUACAAGCUCUUCUCCCCAUUCUUCAACAACGACGAAAGAAAAAUGCGAGAUAUGCUGCUAGCCUACAUAAACGCUGUUCAGGCCCUCUACUAUCACCCAAGCCUCGGCUCAAGAGUCAACAUCGCACUUGUGCGCCUGGACCUCAUGAAGAAACAACCCCCAAGUCUGCCCCACCACAACGGCCAACGGGAGAGACUCCUUGACUCGUUCUGCAAUUACACGACUGUGAAUAAUCCGAAAGACGACGAGCAUCCCAAUCACUGGGACAUCGGUUUAUACGUGUCCGGACUGGAUUUUUACGCAGACGAGAACGGAAAGAGGAAUGGCGUUACGAUGGGCCUUGCCACCGUAUCCGGCUCAUGCUAUCAUCAGUAUUCCUGUGUCAUUGCUGAACUGGGUGUGACUAAUCGGUUGGGGAAACCGUAUCCAUCGGCUGGAUUUACAUCGGUUUACAUUGCUGCUCAUGAAAUCGGGCAUAAUUUGGGAAUGCACCACGACUCAACCGGCAACCCCUGUCCCCGGGACGGCUACAUAAUGUCCCCAAGUAGAGGGACAGCCGGAGAAACAAUCUGGUCGGCCUGCAGUCGUCAAGUAAUCCUGGACCUUCCCGAGAAGAAGCCCUGUCUCCUCGACAGAACUACCCUCAGAGCCGACAAAUUCCUCGACCACGAGCGCUUCUACACCCUCCCGGGUCGCGAGUGGACAGCCAAGAAACAGUGCGAGUUACUGCUGAGAGACAAAGACGCGUCAGUAGUUACGCUCUCCAACGCCUGCCAGUCCCUGCAGUGCAGUAGUCCGCACCGAAGUGGUUACUACUAUUCAGGGCCAGCCCUGGAGGGAACACUCUGUGCGGAGGGGAUGGAGUGCCGCGGGGGGGACUGCGUUCCAGCCCUGCAUUUCCCCGCGCAGAAGCCCCCGAUGAGCAAGCCCAAGCCCAAGGAAACUGGCUGGAGUAAAUGGAACGAAGGGAAAUGUGCGAGUGGAUGUAUAAAAAAAUCCAAGGGGGCUAAAUCGAAACGAAGAACCUGCAGAAACGACAGCACAGGUCAGUGCAAGGGUCUCUCCUUCGCGGUUGACCUCUGCGAAGACUCAAAACUCUGCAAGAAACGCAUAACACCCGAGGAUUUUGCCACAUCAAAGUGCAGGGAAUUCAGCGAUCGCAUUCCAGAACUCGACGCUGAGGCCAGCGGUCUUCAGGCACCCCACGAGGUCGAGAGACCCUGGGUAGCCUGCGCCGUUUUCUGCAAACAAAGACACAUUGCCUCCUACUACACCCCCAGAGUCGAGCUCAAUGACCUCGGGCUUGAUCCCUACUUCCCCGAUGGCACGUGGUGUCACAAUGAAAACGAUCAGGAUUAUUUCUGUCUUCAGCAUCACUGUCUACCCGGCAAUUUUCGAUUUCCGAAGAAUUCGUUGUUUGAGAAUAAUCGUGGUGACCUCGACCUGGGACCGCAGAAUGCGCGACCUGGGGGGAAUGAGGUGUCCGAGGAGAUGAGGAAGUAUUUGAGUCUGAGUGUCGAUGGGAGUCCACUGCUGAAAAUUCUUCCCGGGGGGGUUGCGGAGAGGGGGGACGGGGAUGAGUGGGUGGAUCAGGAUUAUCUCGAACUUCCCGAUUAUUUGUGA